CUGCUGUCACCUCACUGGGCUCUAAGGUUACCUGGAGCUUGGAAACUGGCCCAGCUCUCUCAAGAUUAGCAGACACUGGCCUUGGUGGAGAAGGAGACAGUGGUAGUCAAUGUUAUUUGAGCAGGGUCAGCAGGCCCUGGAGCUUCCUGAGUGCACCAUGCAGAAGGCUGCAUACUAUGAGAACCCAGGACUCUUUGGAGGCUAUGGAUACAGCAAAGCCACUGAUGCAUAUGGCUAUAGCACUCCUCAUCAACCCUACCCACCCCCUGCUGCUGCCAACUCCCUGGACAGUGAUUACCCAAGUUCUGCCUGCUCCAUCCAGAGUUCUGCACCUCUUCGAGCCCCAGCCCACAAAGGAGCGGAACUCAACGGUAGCUGCAUGCGGCCUGGCACUGGGAACAGCCAGGGUGGGGGUGGAGGCAACCAACCUCCUGGCCUGAACUCAGAGCAGCAGCCACCGCAACCUCCCCCUCCACCACCCACCCUGCCCCCAUCCUCACCCACCAAUCCCGGAAGCGGAGUGCCUGCCAAGAAGACCAAGGGUGGGCCCAAUGCUUCUAGCUCUUCGUCUACCAUCAGCAAGCAGAUCUUCCCCUGGAUGAAGGAAUCCCGACAGAACUCAAAGCAGAAGAACAGCUGUGCCACUUCAGGAGAGAACUGCGAGGACAAGAGCCCACCGGGCCCGGCAUCCAAGAGGGUGCGCACGGCGUACACGAGUGCUCAGCUGGUAGAGCUGGAGAAGGAGUUCCACUUCAACCGCUACCUGUGCCGGCCGCGCCGCGUGGAGAUGGCUAACCUGCUGAACCUCACCGAACGCCAGAUCAAGAUCUGGUUCCAGAACCGUCGCAUGAAGUACAAGAAGGACCAGAAGGCCAAGGGCAUCCUGCAUUCUCCGGCAGGCCAGUCCCCGGAGCGCAGCCCACCUCUUGGAGGAGCGGCGGGCCACGUGGCCUACUCCGGCCAGCUGCCGCCCGUGCCCGGCCUGGCCUACGACGCACCCUCGCCGCCCGCUUUCGCUAAAUCGCAGCCCAAUAUGUACGGCCUGGCCGCCUACACGGCGCCUCUCAGUAGCUGCCUGCCGCAGCAGAAGCGUUACGCGGCGCCCGAGUUCGAGCCCCACCCCAUGGCGAGCAACGGCGGCGGCUUCGCCAGCGCCAACCUGCAGGGCAGCCCGGUGUACGUAGGUGGCAACUUCGUCGACUCCAUGGCGCCCGCGUCCGGGCCCGUCUUCAAUCUGGGUCACCUCUCGCACCCGUCUUCGGCCAGCGUGGACUACAGCUGCGCCGCGCAAAUCCCUGGCAACCAUCACCACGGACCGUGCGACCCUCAUCCCACCUACACAGAUCUCUCGGCUCACCAUUCGUCUCAGGGACGCCUGCCCGAGGCCCCCAAACUGACACAUCUGUAGCGGUUGCCGCCGGCCUGGCGCAAUUACCUCUCUGGUUUUGGUGGCAGGGGUGGUGGCGGGGCGGGGCCCGAAAGGCAGUUUAGGGGAACCCCCCCUCCCUGAUCUGGCCUGGCAGAUGCCACGCGAGUUUCGGGCUUCCAGCGGCCGAGGCUGACGCGACUGGGCCUCCCCUCCAGGCGUGUCCUCCUUUGGGUGACUCGCUAUAAAUCAGCCGCAAGGAUCCUCCCCUGUAAACCUGACAGUGCCAUAAACUGCGGACCGAGGGACUCUAAUCUGGUAAUGGUGUCCCUAAGGUAAGUCCUAGACCCAUCCGUGGCGUGUCCUGAAGAGAGGGACUAGAGCCUGGGGAACCCCGGGCCUGGCCCUUCUGUCUAGCUUAGUUUCAGAGACCUUAAUUUAUAAUGCUCCUUCCCCUCCUGUAAAGAUUGCAUCGGACUAAACAAUCUGUAUUUAUUAUUUGAAGCGAGUAAUUUCGUUUCCCUGAUUAUUUAUCCUAGUCUUAAUGUAUUUAUGUGUAUAUUUGUAGAAUUCUGCAGCCGGGCCUAGGUACUUGCUCCCAGGCCUUUUGGGGGGGGGGCACAUUUCAUCUCUUUAGUCCCCUUGGUCUGAACUAGUUGAGAGAAUAGUCUUGAACAGUUGUAACCGUGGCUGGUGUCUUAGUUGAUGUAAAGGACUGAGAUCACAAAUGGUCCUUCAUGGGUAGAGUCAGGCAGCCCGGUGGCAUAGCGCGACUCAAGCGAGUCUUUCUCAACAGCCGAAGCCCUCACCACUCGACACAGCUUACUGACUUCAAAUUGUCUGGUACUAUUUGAACAAACAUUUAGAAUAAAACAUUUUUUUCAGUUG